GCGGCGAGGCGGACACAAGAGGAAGAAGAAGAGGAGGAGGAGGAUGUGAUGGCCUGAACAGACGGACAGAUUUUUCCGCCUUUUAUCAGCUCGUGUAUGGCCAUGGCGCCUGUGACUUAUUUAAUGGCGGUGUUGGUGGUGGCCGCCUCGCCCUCGCUGGCCUGGGACUCGGCGGAGCUGGAGAUGUUUGACCUGGUCGAGGAGAUCAACCAGAAUUUCUACGAAGUGAUGGGCAUCGCUCAGGAUGCCACACUUCAGGAGAUCAAGAAGGCCUAUCGUCGUCUGUCCCUCCAGCUUCACCCCGAUAAAAAUGACGCGGAUGAUGCCGAGGUCAAAUUCCGACAGCUCGUCGCCAUAUACGACGUUCUCCGAGACGAGGGGAGGCGCGCGCAGUACGAGAGGGUGCUGGUCGAGGGCCUGCCGGAUUGGCGCUCACCCAUCUACUACUACCGACGCGCCCGCAAGAUGUCGCUACUCGAGAUUACGAUUAUUCUUACAGUGGUCAUCUCCUUCUCGCAGUAUCUGAUGGCCUGGGGCUCGUACUUUGAGAAACGGCGGUGUGCGGAGGAGGCGUUGGUGAAGAAGUACAAGAUCAAGGACCGGAAGAGGAUGAAGCAGGAGGACUUGGAGAACCUGAUGUUGAUGGAGGAGGUGCUCGGAGGAAUACCCAAACCAAGCUGGUGGAACAUUCUGCCCAUCCAACUGGUUCGUUUGGUGAUCUUCCUGGUGACUGGCGGACCGGGGUUGGUGAGGGCAGCCCUGGACUUCUAUGAGGAGGAGAAGAAGAGGAAGAAGCUGGAGAAGGAGCAGGAGGAGGAGGAGGAGAAGAGAAAGAUGGAGGAGGAGGAGCGGAGGAAGGAGAAGAAGGCGAGUCGGAAGGAGGGACGGAAGAGGGUCAACGUUCUACCGGACUUCUCUGGCGAUGCUUGCUUGUUGGACAGCAUGGAUGCCCCAGAGCCAAACACACAGCGGGUGAGGCCUUCCGCCCCCGCUGCACCCGUGGUCUCCGGAGGGCUGUGGACGGAUGAUGACUUCUGUGAGCUGGCGAGACUCAUGGCGAAGUAAGUGAUGAUGAUGAUGAUGAUUCUUUUCCUCCCUUACUCCACCCAUCAUCCUAUUGCCCCUCCGCUUCUCUCUACACCAAUUCCCACCCUCAACGACCUCCUCUCUCCCUAGGUCAAGGUCAAAACGAAGGGCGAGGCAAAGUGUGACCUCUCGGCAGGCAGCGAUGAGAUGUGGAGCCCCGUACAGCAGAAGGCCCUGGAGAAGGCACUCAAGCUCUUCCCCAAAGGCACUGACCAGAGAUGGGACAAGAUCGCGAGGGCAGUGCCGGAGAAGGAGAAGGAGGAUUGCAUGAUGCGGUUCAAGUUCCUAGCGGAGAAGAUUAAGAGGAAGAAGAUGGAGGAGGCCGGGAGGAAGGACGGAGACGAGGAAGAGGAGGAGGAGGAAGAGAAAACGGAAGAGGAGGAGGAAACGAAUGCUAACGUCUCCACCACCUCCUCCACCUCCACCCCAACCACCAAAGUCACAAGGAGGAAGCAGAGGAGAAGAAGAAGAAGAGAUCUGUCGGAGGAGGAAGAGGAAGAGGAGGAGGAGGACGAGGAGUGAUCGGUGGGAAGAGUCAGACGGUGUUCCUCUCUUUAGUAAGAUUGGUGACGGUGUGUUCGUAUGUUUGUCAAGGUAAUUAUAAGUAUGGAUGAUUUUUUUUCUUCCUCUUCUUCCGCGAUUCUGAUUCACACGCACACACACACACAUACGCACACACACGCACAUGGGUAGUCUUCCUCUCAAAUUAAUAUAAGUACUUUUUUUCUUUUUUUCCUUUUUUAUUGAUAUUGUAAAAAGUAAAAAGGUGAAUCUCUCGCUCUCUUCGUUCUGUGCUGUAGAAAUUAAGUUAAAUGCCCAUAGAAUACACACACACACACACACACACACACACACAGACUAAUCCCAAUUCUUUGUACUUUGGUAAUAAAAAUUGUGAGAAAGUUUAAUUCCUGUGUGCGUAUCCUAAGCCGUUCAUGUGCAUGCGAGUGUAUGUGUGCGCGUAAAGGGCCUCGAAUACGUACACAUGGGCUCUUUGCGUGUGUGUGUGUGUGUGUGUAUGUGUGUGAAUGAUCUAUUUUUGUAGUAUUUUUUGUAUACUAGUUUAAAAUUGAUAGUAGUAGUAGUAGUAGUAGUAGUGUGCGUGUGUGUGUGCGUAUAUUGAAAACAGGUUACGAGAUUGGACACGACCACCAAAGCAAGUCAACCAGUCACUCAACCAGUCCAGUCAUCCAGUCUCCCGGGCACUCAGUCAUCCAGUCAAAUCUUCACCAUAAGCUGUUCUCUCCUUCUAUAUGUGGUCUGCUGUCAUCCCAAUGGUCAAACAAGAUGCCAGGUGGAGAGAGACUUCUGGGUGGCUGGAUGACGGAUGGAGGAAAGACGCCCAGUGGAGAGAAACUUCUGGGUGGAGAGAUCACGGAUGGAAGAAAGACAUCAAGUGGAGAGAUGAUGCUGGGUGGAGAGAUCACGGAUGGAAGAAAGACAUCAAGUGGAGAGAUGAUGCUGGAUGGAGAUAAGAGAUGCCUGGGUAAAGAGAGAUUAGUGGGAAAGAUACCCAAUUGUGUCCCACUGGUCUCGCUUCACCCCAAGUGUCUCUUCUAUCUCUUCAUCUGCAGAUUAAGAGAGAGAGACCUGAGACGUCUGCGUGGAGGGAGGUUAGUCGGAGAGAGAGCCAGUGUGUCCGACCAGCCUGCCCUCAACGCAGGUCUCUUCUCUCUCCAUCACCAGACCGAGAGACAACACCCAGAGGAAACACACACUUGAGGGGGGGAGAGACAGUGGGUGAGAUUUCCAUGUUUAUCUCCCACCAGUCUCUCUUCAUCGGCCGUCUCUCUCCACCACACUGAUGAGACGCUUAUUGUUUGGAUGCCCAGCUGCCAGUGUGCCUUCAGGAG